UGCUUGGGGAAGACAUCGAUUGUUCCAUCAGUGUACGACAGUCUUGAAUGUUCCGUGAAAUUUGAGUAGCCACAGCAUGAAAAAUGCCCCAAAAAAUGAAAGCGUGUGAAUAUGGGAUCCCAAACGCUUGAAAUUCUUCGUCAGGGUGUAUGGGCUUCACUUACAGGAGGCUGGUUUUACGAUCCACACCAGGAUAUAUUCUGCAAUACAUUUCAUCUUUAUGUUUGGUUGUUCCUGCUAUGUCUACCAUUUACGGUGUACUUGUUUUUUCCACCUACACUAGCGGCAUGGGCGGGAUAUUGCACUGCAAUUGCUGCCCUAUUUGGUGUGCUGAAAGCAACCAAUAUGUGGCUUCAUCAUGUGUAUGACACUUCAGAAUGUGUGCGUGAAGAGGAGUUCGAUGCUCGCGACGGAUGUCGACGACAUGCAGAGGAUGUGACCUUCCGUUCAAGAUUUGCCACCGAGGAAGGCAUCGAACUGCAGGACUUGGGCAGCAGCAGUGGUGCAGCGGGAGGGAAGAGGUCGAGCGACACCCCGCCGGUGGGAUGCAGCUCCCGCAACUCGUACACGGAGCCUGGCAACGGGAACGGUUCCGGCCAAGGCGUGAGCGCAGCAGCUGGAGGGGUCGCCUCCCAGCCGGGUGGUGGCGGAGGAAGCGGUGACCGCGACUCGCUCAACUCGUCCACGGAAUGCCACGCCAGUGCCACGCGUCUCGGCAGCCUCGACGAUUCCGUAUUCCGCAGUAACGGAGUCAGCAGUACGAUAGACCUGAAAGUGGAUGUCCACCGCAAGAACAGUUCGGAGAGCAGCGAGGAGGUCGCAGUACUGAGGCCGGUGGUGGAGCGCGUGUCGGUGCACCGUGCGGAGGCCUGUACGCAGGCGGACCACAACUGGUCUCUCCGAGGCUCGAAGACGCGCGAGAAAAGAUCUCGACAGCGAGCUGGCAGCAUAUCAGUGGCUGUAGUCGAUGAGCUGCCUUCGACGUCGGGAACGGGUGGGAUUGGACGUCGCACGAGUGGUAGCCGUAGUUUCCGGAAGCAGUCAUCAGAAACUCAUGACGAGCGUCGCCACCGCAGGCAUCACAGGCCGUCGCUUGACCCUGGUACCGCGGCCUCAAGUUCCUCUGUGUCUGGCCCUCUGCAGGCCAGUGUGCGCCGCCUGUCGAAUGCCCCCAACGGCAGUCUCGGCUUCCUGCCAGGUGGGGCAGCCACUCCCCCACCGCCCACCAUCAAGCCCACAGGGUCUCUAGAACUCGGCUGCAUGCUCGAGAGGGAGAAAGGCCUGGUGUACUGGAAACAGCAGAAUGCACGCCAGGUGAGGCGUAUUCGUUCGGGUGUGCUGGAGCGAUACAGCUCCGUGCCGGAGGGAGAGAGUGGGGGCAGCAGUGGAGGCUCCGGGGCAGUCGGGGGACGGGCAUCCCCGCCUCCGAUGCCGUCGGCCGAGGGUGUGGCGUCCGGGUCGUCGUCGAGUGGUCCUCACCGCUACGCCAGCUUCGGCAGUGAGAUUGUCUACCCGAUUGCUGAGCAGUCAGAUGAACAUGCGACGAGUCUCGGUGCAGACACGGAUGAGAAUGGAGGGGCCGGAGGAUCGCGGUCUCCGCUGCUUGUGCGCCACGAGAGCUUCAGUAGUGUGACGGACCAUAGUUCUCGGGCAGCAGGUACUAACAGUGCUGCAGACAGUGGCGUGUCCAGCAACCACCGAAUACCGGGGCGCACGUUCCGCAAAAGGUUCGGAGCCUGUUCUUCGGCCGACGAGCUCCUGGACGGAGGAGAUGACGAAGACGAUUAUGACGAAGAUGAGGGCUUGCCAGGAGAAUCGUGUGCCACGGACGAAGCCAGUGGGGAUGAGGGGGACAACAACAGUGCUGCUGCUGACGGCAGCCCCGGCUACGUCAGCCCGUCACCUGUCGCUCGACGGAGGACCGAGUGUGCCAACUUCGCACUGAUUGUCAGUGAAACUGUGUGCUGCCGGUGCAACCGCCAGGAGUGCAUUAGUUGUACAGUGGCUCCUCCGCUCUGUGGCGUUUCUAAGGCUCCGUCCGAUGCGGCCACGACCACCACUCGCGAUGCCUCUUCCAGCCUCGUGGGGCUCGAUUGGUUGUUCGAUCACACCGACAGUGACACCGCCGGGCAAACGUCGCCACUGCCGGCAUCUGCAGCCUCCGUCGGUAAUGGUGGCUGCCGCAAGGACUCGGAAGACUCCGGCAGCUCGAGCACGACGCCGAGUGCAGAGCACGAGGGUUCGAAGCUGCUGCCGAGAGAUCGCGGGGGCAGUGGUAGCCGAGAGGCGGGCAGUGGGCAGGGCAGCAUCCGCAGCCAGGGAGCCAUUCCCAAGCAGCGCCAGAGGCAACGCCAGCGGCGGUCCUCGGCAGCUGCAGAAACAGCAGAUGAGCAGCCACGCAGUGCCGUGCCUCUGGUCGUUCGGGAGGCACACAUAACUACGACGAGCGACAACUUUGACAGCUGGAGGCGCCUGAGAAAAGCGGCGAGGGACCACGAGCGUGCAUCAGCCGAAAGAGAGAGCCCGGAUGAGAAAAUAAAUGGCAGUUCCUACAGAGUGAAGUCUUCUGACGGAGCUCCUCCUCUGCAGCGGAAGGACUCGGGCGAAGUGGGUGCCGGGGACGGCAGUCGACCCGAGGUGCCCCGAGCGCGGCGGACUUCCUCGCAGGGUUCCCAGCUGAGACUGAUGCCUCCACCUCACCGGUCUCGUGCAGGGGACGAUGAGGUGCUGACACCAGUCCCAUGGGUUGCCGCUUUCCUCGCUGCUCGCCGUGAAAUAAUGGGCGAUUUGGAAAGCUUGGGUUUCAGUGCCAACACACCGAGCGGACCUCCUGUUCGGUCACGCCACCGACGCAUCAGGCGGGGAAAUCGAGCUCACAGGUCGAGACCCGGAGUCGUGCGCGAUCCACCACUCGCGACCUCGUCCACACCUGUGGCCACUUCCCCGCCGGGCGGGAAUAACAGUUCCUGUCCGCCGUCGACUUACACCCCCAUGGAGGCGCUGGCGUCGGCCAUUUCAGGGGGAGCCGGCACGCACAUCGCGACUUCGCACGACGACACGACGGAAGGUGCGGUCCACUGCUUUCGCGACGAGCACGGAAACUGGAUGUCGUACACGUUUCACGAGCGUGGGGCCGGCACGGCAAACCACGGCGUGAUGCCCAUAGCUGUGGCAGCGGCAGCCGCGGCAGCAGAAGUCGGGGAGGAGAGCCCCAGCAACUCGUCGACUGUGUCGGCGACUUCGGGUGGCGGCAGCGGCGGGCGGGUGAAGGCAGGAGUUGCCGCCCCCCUGCUGCCGUACCACGGGCACGGGCUGUACAUACUGGAGACAGUGAUGCCUCCCUCGCAGCGGUCGCCGUUCCACAUCCUUCUGGAGCCUGGGGGCAACACAUGUCGUCUGGUGCGGAGGUCUCCGCCACCGCCUCACCGCAGCACCGGGAGCUCCGCUGGGCAGCAAGCGGGGAUCGGAGCCGGAGCUGCACACCAGGCCGCCUCCAGCGAGACGGACACGGAGGUGACACUGACACGUGCCGCCGCCGCGACAGGGCGCUUCAGGCUGGCAGACGUUACUGCCGGCCUCACCUCUGAGGACAUCAGGCGCCCGCGCAGAUACUACAAGCUCAAGCUUUUUCGCUGCCUAAAUAUCAAGGUCCGCUUUGACCGUCUCGCCUUGGUGGCGCUGCUGGACCGGAACUUGACGCUUGCUGAGGCGACGCUGUCUUUCUGCCUGGCAGUCGCUGUGGCCGCCCUGGGUGCACGCGUCCUGCAGCUCGGCUUCUACAGGGACAUUUUCGCAUUUGUCUUCUGCUUUGUAGUUGCUGGGUGCCAAUAUUCUUUGUUGAAAAGUGUCCAGCCAGAUGCAGCAUCACCAACACAUGGCUUCAACCGCAUUGUGGCCCUCUCACGGCCCGUGUACUUCUGCCUGCUGUCGAGCCUGGUGCUAAUUGCACACUUCUCUGUAGAGUCCGGCCACUCUGAUCCGACACCACAUACUGUCUACGGUGUGACAUUUUCUGCACGGCAGCUUGCACUGAUGGCGAGGGAGGUGAUGUUGAAUUCGUUGCUGCUCCUGCCUCUCGCCUUCAGUCUGGGUCUGCUGCCACAGGUGACGACAUUUGCCAUGUACCUGCUGGAGCAGCUGGACAUGCACGUGUUCGGUGGAAACGCAUGUACCAGCCUUGGUGCGGCCGCGUACUGCGUGCUACGCUCAGUUGUCGGCGUGGCGGUGCCUGCCGGCUUCGCGUACGGCGCCCUGACAGAGGAGGCGGGUGCACGCCACAUGCUGUUCUCCAUCUUCUGCGGCCUGUUGGUGGCUGUAGCGUACCACCUCUCGCGCCAGGCGUCGGACCCCGCCCCACUGUGGGUAGUGGUGGAAAGUGCGCUGUGGCCACCGGCAGACCUGCCACCACCGCUGUCCCCUCCUGAACCUCCGGACACAGACCCUCUUCCAAAGGAGUUGACACGCACGGUGCGAGCGCGACUGCGCUCGGACGGGCUGGUGUGCCCGGCGGCAGCACUGCUGGUAUGUGGCGUGCACGCCAGCACGGCGUUCUCGGCGCUGCAGCCCGACCUGCAGCCGGCGCUGUGGGCGGCGGCGUGUGCGCUGGGCCUGCUGCUGCACUACGUGGUUCCGCAGCUCCGCAAGCAGCUGCCCUGGCUGUGCGUCGCCCGCCCCAUCCUGCGCGCCCACGAGCACGGCCAGUUCGAGGUGCGCCAGCCGGCGAAGCUCAUGUGGUUUGAGAAGACUUACGUGUACCUGUGCUUCCUGGAGAGGAACGUGCUGUAUCCGGUGCUGGUGGUGAGCGCGCUGACUGCGGACGCACCGCGACUGUCGGAGAAUGCGGGUGCCGGCUGGGGCGCGCUGCUGGCAGCCGUCUGCGGCCUCAAGUGCCUGCGCUGUGCCUUUUCCGAUACGGGCAACCAGUACCUCGUCCUCGCCUUCGCCGUCCUCCUCUUCCAGAUAGACUUCGCUGCCGCCUCGCAGACCUUCAUCGUCGACUACUUCUUCGUUGGUAUAGUGUUCAGCAAAGUCUACGAGUUCCUCCUCAAGGUGCAGUUUGUGGUGACGUACAUCGCUCCUUGGCAGAUCACGUGGGGAUCGGCAUUCCACGCCUUUGCACAGCCGUUCUCAGUGCCCCACUCUGCCAUGCUGUUCGCCCAGGCAGCCCUGUCUGCCCUGGUGUCGGCACCUCUCAAUCCGUUCCUCGGCUCGGCAGUCUUCCUCGCCUCGUACGCUAGGCCGGUCAAGUUCUGGGAGCGUGACUACAAGACGCGGCGUGCCGACCACAGCAACACGCGCCUCGCGGCACACCUCCUGGAGCACCGCAGUCUGGGUGCCGACGACAACAACCUCAACUCCAUCUUCUACGAGCACCUCACCCGUUCUCUGCAGCGCUCGCUCUGUGGAGACCUCAUUCUCGGACGGUGGGGCCCAGUCUCCCAGGGGGACUGCUUCGUGCUGGCGUCGGACUACCUCAACUGCCUGGUGCACAUCGUGGAGCUGGGCAAUGGCCUGGUUACGUUCCAGGUGCGAGGCCUCGAGUUCCGUGGCACCUACUGCCAGCAGAGGGAGGUGGAGGCCAUCUCGGAAGGAGUCGAGGAUAAUGAUGGGUGUUGCUGCUGUGAGCCGGGCCACCUGCCACACAUGUUGAGUGCUAACGCGGCCUUCUCCCAGCGCUGGCUCGCCUGGGAGGUCACUGCCACCAAGUACGUGCUAGAGGGGUACAGCAUCUCGGACAACAGUGCCGUCUCCAUGCUGCAGGUCUUUGACUUCCGCAAAGUCCUCAUAACAUACUAUGUCAAGAGUAUAGUGUUCUAUGCCAUUCGCUCCCCACGCCUUCUCGACUGGCUGACUUCAGAGACGAUCCUAGAUGCUCUGAGGCCGACACUCGACAGAUCUUUUGUCGAUUUGGACCCUGUGUUCAACAUGAAUAUAGACGAGGACUACGAUUUCCGUGCAUCUGGGAUUACGCGGACCAGUUUCUGCAAUGUGUACCUCGAGUGGAUUCACUUCUGUGCCAGUAAGCGGAAGGAAGCAGAGAUUGCGAGAAAAGCUAGCAGCAGCGGUGCCGAGGCAUCCAGUUCGGAGACACUGCUGGCGCAGUUGUCGGAUCGAGGGCGCGACUCGACGUUGGUGUCCCUGUGCUUCGCACUGAGUCUUCUCGGGAGACGAACACUCGGGGCUGCCUCGCAUAACACUGUCUCCAGUGUGGAGUUCUUCUUGUAUGGCCUGCACGCACUUUUCAAAGGAGACUUCCGGAUAACAUCUGUGCGGGAUGAGUGGAUUUUCUCAGACAUGGAGCUCCUGAGGAAGGUGGUGGCACCCGGAGUGCGGAUGUCCCUGAAGCUUCACCAGGACCACUUCAUGGCCCCAGAUGAGUAUGAAGAGCCUGCUGCUUUGUACGAGGCCAUCUCCCAGCAUGAGGAGAAGCUUGUAAUCUCUCAUGAGGGUGAUCCUGUCUGGCGGAAUGCCGUCCUGUCGGGAACUCCUUCACUCCUAGCUCUCAGGCACGUGUUGGAUGAUGGCACAGAUGAGUACAAAGUGAUAAUGCUAAACAAAAGGUACCUGAGCUUCCGUGUGAUAAAGGUGAACCGCGAGUGCGUGCGCGGCCUCUGGGCGGGCCAGCAGCAGGAACUGGUCUACCUCCGCAACCGCAACCCCGAGCGUGGCUCCAUACAGAACGCCAAGCAGGCACUAAGAAAUAUCAUCAAUUCAUCGUGUGACCAACCGAUCGGCUACCCUAUUUACGUUUCGCCAUUGACAACUUCGUAUGCCGAUACGAACGAACAGUUGUGCAGCGUUAUUGGUGGACCACUCAGCCUGGGAGGCAUCAAACGUGCUGUCAUUAGACUGUGGAGGAGAGUACGUCGGAGAUGUGGGGAGGGUUGCUCGAGUGGUGGGUCAGUUCCUCAGGAUGAUGGUGGUUUUGGCCAUGAAGGAGUCUAUGCCAUGACAGCCUGCAACAUACAUUCGGGGUACGGGGGCAGCGGUCACAACACGUCGGGCAGCCAAUCUGCGGAGAGCUCGCAGCCCGGUGCGGGCGCCACAGUGCGUGGCGGCAGUAUAAGUGGCGGCACCGGUGGGAGCCUGGGCAGGGGGAACCGCGGCUCCCUGGCGUCGGCAGGCAAGCCGUCGUCGUCCACACUCGCGUCGCUUGCGGGCCUACUGGCCGCCGCGGAGGCAUCACAGGCGGCCAAGUCCGCCGCGGGCGCGGCUGCGAUUUCUGCGGGAGGAGACCAGGCGCCGCAGCAGCAACAGCAGCUGGGGUCGCAAGUGAGCGUGGCCAGCGUAGCAGUGUCCACAGCCGCCACAGCCACCAAUGACCCGGAUGACAAGGAGCCCAUCCUGCAGAGGGUCAGAAUACAAGAUCCAAAUCAAGUGUACGAUGCCAUAAAUUUGGGAAGGCGUAUUGAUGUCGUGUGGCCAGACGAGCACAUGCAGGCGAGAGGUGGUCGAUCGAGUUGGAGGGACUGGCUGCCAGAAAGGGGUAUGGAAGGCCAGGUUGUACAUAGAUGGGUGCCUUCACAUCGUGACCCCAACCGUCGUUCACAUGUGGACCGUACAAUUCUCCUAGUGAAAAUUGAUGACAAGUAUGUUCCAAUUGCAGAGAGUGGAACACAGGACCUAGGAGCAGAGGUUUAGCAGGUUUGACCAGUUGUCACAGUUACAGUGUGUCAGCUGUACCGUUUCAAAAUUUAACGUUUCUGUUCUAAGCGUACCUGUUCUGUACACGCAUCAAGAGCUGCGUGUGCACUCGACAGAGUGUUGUCACGGAUUGGCAAACCCGUCUUGCUUUUAACAACUAUAUAAAAUUUAUUUUUUUACUGUGUAAAUGAAAAACUUCCUGGGAUUAUGUAAUAGGUUAAUGUUUUCUAUUGGUCUUCGUACAGUCUCUCUCGUAGUCAGAUAAUGGAUUUAAGACUGACAUAGUUUAAUUGAGAUUACAGGUAUUAUUAUAGUUUCUUUAUCUGCCAAUGUUUGAAAGCAUUUCUGCAGGGAGCGUGUCGUGUAAUCACUAGAACCGCAGUUGUGCUUUGCAAAAACUUCAACACUAAGUGGUGGAGAGGCAGUUGUGAGUGCAAGAAAAUAAAGAGAAGCUCUGCUGUUUAGUGAAUAUAGCGUGUUUCAUAUUUCUUGUGCUUCUGGACCUCGGGAGUGGAUAGAAAUUUAUUUUUGGUUGUGUUUCAAUGCAGAUGUUUUAGUAUGUUAGCAGAGGAGAUCUUUAUGUGCAAGAAUAUAUUAUUUUUUGAUAAUGAAUUGUGUGACACCUGGCCAAUUCUGCAUCUCACUCUUAACACCAGAUCCGCUUCCCUUACUCCAUCCAAAACUAUCACUAUCAUUAUACCCCCCCCCCUCUCUCUCCCUCACUUACACCCCAACCCUCACCCCCACUCCCCUCUGCCCCCUGGGAUAAACUUUGUAGUCCAUUGUAUUCAUUCUUACUGGAUUCUCUUUUGCCAGAAGAGAGAUACAAUAGGAAAUGGUAUUGAUAAUUAAUGAUAAGAAGCAGUUACGUGUAUCCUACUGUGUUACUGUUUGUAAUACAAAAAUAUUUGCCUUUCAUUUGUUGUUGAUAUUGACAAACUAGAGAAAAUAAGUCCUGGAGUGUAUGAUGGCAUUGUAUAAUUUGUUGUUACAUAAGUGACCAAAAGUUAAAUGGGUAAUUAUGUGUAGGCAGUUAAACGUUCAUCUGUAUAUAUUGUAAAAUAAGUACUUGAGGUUAUAGAGCACUGAUUAUGGAUCUCAGUAAUCACUUUUGGCCUAAACCAUUGCAUGACAUUCAUCUCAGAGUGUUCCAAACUGUUGUGAUGGCCAUUCUGAAUUUUCUCCUUGUCAUCCCCACUUCCAGUAUCAGAUAAGCUAAGACUCCUGCAACAUUGAUAUUUUUCAUUUGGACAAGCCCAAAAUAUAUUUGUUGGUUUUUCGGAAGCAUAUUUUUAUAUUUCUCUGUACCAUUGUAGGUUGUUAAAUAAUAUUACAAUUAAUAAUAUAUUAUGCUUAGGACAACAAAUUGAUGACCUUCCUUCAAGUUGAUGCAGAUCUUUUAUUGGUACAUUUAGUGUUGCUGUGUGUCACUAAAAUGUGCUUUGCUAUAGGAAAAAGAAAUACAAAUGUUUUGCAUUUUAUUGUAAGUUUUUGGAUCAUCUUGUCUUCCUCAGUUUCUAAAGCAAAUGCCUUUAAAAUUUUCACAAUUUUUUAUACUGAAUAUUCCAUAUAUUGCAUUUACCUCGGUUUAUAGCCACAGUGCCUCUGAUGGUGAAUGGAGCUGUGUAAAUAUUGUGUAAACAGAAACAAUGACUUUUUUGCUUUGUUUGUAACUGUGCAACUGGUGUGAAACUCAGCAUCCCAAAUGGCUGCUGGGGAUUUCAUCAGGGCCAAAGUUUCAAGUGUCAGGAAAAUUGGGGUUGAUCAGUAACAACUGUUCCAUGAUGUAAUGUGCCAUUUUCAAUGGAGUGACUAUUGAUUAUAUUUAUAAAUACUUUGUACUGUUUAGUGAUGGUUGCUUGAAUGUGACACAGUGUGGCGAAAAUGAUUUCACUGUGUUUGUUUCAAAUAAAGUCCUUGUUUUCCUUUUUUGCAAUAAAUUGGUGACAGUUGUUUGGAGAGCAUAAUUUACAAGGUUAGAAAUUGCUGUAUAAACAAUCACUGUUAUUGCACAAAGUGAAGACAACUUCAUUAAACUAAACACAUUAUUGUCCACAUUUUCACCUCUAUUUUGUGGGCCACUGCAAUAUUAAUGCGUUGAGUUUUGUACGCAUCAGAAUUUAUUUAUUUACACCAGUUGCAAAGCACUCCUUUUUUCUGUUGGGCACAAUAUGUUACCUAGUUUAAAUGGGAGAAAUCUAAAAAUUCAGCCAUUAAUUUCAGUUAUCUGUUAAGUGUAAAUGAUGUGUGGUGUCCACUUUCUUUUCAAGUUAAUUCUUUGUGUCAUUAUUGUAUUUCCUAUACCUAAGAUGUGUGGGAGAUACAGAUAUUUUGUAAGUGCUUUGUCAUAAUAUGUUGCUCAAGUUCUUUUUUUUCUUGAACUGCAGUGGAAAUCUUACCUAAGAGAUCAUCUAACAACCCAUUCCUGUAGAUGUAUAAUGUUAUUUUUUGAUGCCAGUUUUUUUCAGUUACAAAAGGUUAAUAGCAGAUAUGUCAUCUAAAAUAUAAUCAAAUUUAAAAUAAAUCAGCAAACCCGUUGUUGAAGGGGGGUAAGAAUCCAUCUUAUCUUGGGAUAGUUUGGAAUAGUUUUCAGCUUCCUGAAGGGAAUUUCUGCUGCAGUUCGGUAGGUAGCAAUCUUAACCACAUAGAUGGAAUUACAGCAGUGCAAGUAAAAUUUCUCUUUGAGGAAAUACUAAGACAUUUGUAUUCAGUGUGUCUGCACUUGUCACUGCUGAAGAUCUUUCAAGGGGCUCCAUAAAAGAAUUACCAAGCUCUCUCGGCAGUUGCCAGUUGAUGUUAUACUAAACCCAUUGUUACUGUCCUGUUUGCAUGAGUGGGCUUUGGAUUGAGCUGUUACUGUGAUAUGCCUCAACCCUAGAAUUUAUUGCUUUUGUUAUUAGAAAAAUUAUUUGAAACUAGAUUGCCAGCCAGGGUGGCCGAGUGGUUCUAGGCGCUACAGUCUGGAACCGCGUGACUGCUACAGUCGUAGGUUCGAAUCCUGCCUCAGGCAUGGAUGUGUGUGAUGGCCUUAGGUUAGUUAGGUUUAAGUAGUUCUAAGUUCUAGGGGACUGAACCCCUCAGAAGUUAAGUCCCAUAGUGCUCAGAGCCAUUUGAAACUAAAUUAGACUAGUAUCACAGCUCUUUUUUUUUUUUUUACAGACACUCCGAAAAUAUGACACCAAAUAUAGUGUUUCAGCUUUAUCAGCAUUUCUGCUGAGACUUAUUGCACAAUAUUUUAUUGACGUUAUAAACAAAGGAAAGUUGGCUGAGGAACUUUUGUGAAAUACUUUUAAUAAUGAUCCUCUUAUCAUGUGGGAUGAUAUAAUGUAUGUUAUUUUUAAUUUUUUUGUAUAUGAAUGGUUGUGUAUCCAUUUCCUUGUGUGAUAAGGAUAACAAUUUGUGUAUGCCAUUUUAUUUUACUUUAAAGUGUGUGUGUGUGUGUGUGUGUGUGUGUGUGUGUGUGUGUGUGAUUAAAGGUCUUUUUUUAACUUAUUUAUUGAAGUGGGUGCUGUGUAUUAUAUACACACAUUAUGAACGGAGAUGCGUUUUAGGAGAAACAUAGUGUAUAUGAAUGAAAGUGUAUGUAACUAGUUUUUUAUACUUGAUACAGUAAUAAUUUGUAUAUGGAGAACAAUUUUUCACAGGAUGCCUUAACUGUCAGACUGAAUACUAAAUAUUAAAUGACUUAAAAAAGAUUCCUUUUUAUACCAUUGCAUAUUAGACAGUUGAAUAGUAUACGUGAAAGAAUACAUUUAAAAGUUGUAUAGUAUUUUGAACUGUUAUUUAUGGCUGUGUAAAAACAAAGUCUCCAAGAGGAGCUGUAUAAAGAUCUUGGCGAUUGUAUUGUCCAGCUUUUCAUAAACUGCAUAUGUUCGAUGUUGUCACAUAAACAAAAUAAUAAUGCCUUGUGUGAGAAUAUGUACAGAAUGGAAUUGCUUUUCAAUUUGUAUAUAACAAUAAUACUAAUUACACUACAUGGAAAUUCCUGUAUUCUGUGCUGUUAACAGUUCCCUUAUUGUGUCACACUAACAGAAAAAUUCAAACACUUCUGCAAUCUUGUACUGUCAUUAUGUCACCGCAUUUGGUCAUGUAAUUUUUUUAGGUCUUUUCAAAAAGGACCUUUUCCAGGAAAUUUGAUGGCAGUUGAAUAGUAAUCAAGACCACAAAAUUUAUGAUUACACGUUACUGUUCUUAUAUUCAUAUUUUCUGUGAAAUAUCUACCUCAUGCAUUGAUUAUUUUCACUGCUUAAGUGACUUCUUUCAAAUCAUAAAUUGAAAUAAAGAUAGUGUGUGGAAAAUUUUAUUUUAGCAUAAACAUUGCCUUUUUAAUAACACUUGUAACUUCCAGAGGGAUCGUGGGUGCAUUGUUUCAAGGUUUAUUUGAUAGUUUGAGGAAUACACAAUCAUAAAUGGUAAAUUUUUAUUUGGUGGCUUUGUAUUGUUACAUCUCUUUAUAUGUAAAUUUUCUUCUUUUCUCCUAUUCAGCACAGAUCUCAAAACUUGUAGCAUACUGUAUGAAUUUGUGCCUCAUCAUAAUCUGGUAAAUGUAUUUAACUGCUGUUUUCAGUGUGUUUUGUUACUUUAUGAUCUCUGAUGUUCACAGGCUGAGAAGUAAGAGGCAGCUUGAGCCAGAGUAUACCAUUGAUAUAUAAUGGGAGUAACUUUUCACUAAAUUACAUAGUUUCGAUUUUGCUAUCCAAUUCCAGUUUCAUCACUGUCUUCAGUAGCUCUUUCUUGGCUGUCCAUGUGAUGUACAAGCUCAUUUUGCUUGUUUACAAUGGUUCCUAAUUCAUUUAACAACAGAUUUUCACACAACUUCCAUUUUUCCUUUUUCUGACAGUCUUCAGUGACCAGUAUACUGUGACCUUCUCUGUUUGAUAGCUGAAAUAUUCCUGCUAAACCAUGCUCUUUGUCAAGGAUAUUCAGCUGCAAAUGUCUCAGCAAUGCAUUUAUUUGUUGACUAUGUGAACAUUUAGACAUAAACAUGUCUUCUCUCCUAUAAUUACCACUUCCGUUGCCUUUCAUAUAUUUUUUAAAGCAAUUCAGCCUGUUUAUGUAUAUUUUUUCUGCUCUCAUUCGAAGGUUUCUUGUUAAUUUUGGCUGUAGUUGUUUAUAUUAUCAGUAGUCUCUAAAACUUUGUAGGGCUUCUUGUUGGGCUCAACUAUUAUGCUCAACUUUAUGUUCUAGCGAUAGUACUGGAGAUGAUGCUUUUAUUCUCUUCAAGGAUCAUGACAAGACAUUCUGGUCACCAGACUUUUCCAUUCUGUCUGGAAGUUCUACUGUUACUAACAUUUGUGACUUUACUUCUUAACUCACUUGGCAAAGUAGGAACAACACCUGCCCUUACUUCAGCAGUAAGGUUUUGCACACUGUCUGGUAACUGUUGCUGCCUCUCCUCUUCAUCCUGUACUGGUUACUGAAAUGCUAGUUGGAUUUAAGUCUCAUGACUUAUUACUCCUCUCUCUAUUAAAUUUACCCUUAGUAGGAAACCAUACUUUUCAAAGUAUGCUCUUUGAGUUGACAAGAAUUUUCUCUUUGACAUCUCUUAAUGAUGUUUGAGAUUUUUCUGAAUUGUCUCUAGAGUCACUGGACAUGAACAGUAAUCAGAGCCUGAAUAAAGAGUUCUGCCCAUCCAUCUUUGGUUGAAAGAACCACACUUUUGCUGCCUUAAUUUUCACCGCUUCCUUCUAAAUAAACUGAAGCAGGUGUGAAACGAAUGCACACUCAGAAGUUAAACAGAAAUAAUCAUUCAACCUGUGGGCCAUCUUGACCACGCUAGAGAUAAAACUUUAAAUUUCUGCACACUGUAUGGAGUCACACUUGCACACCCAUUUAAAAUAUAAUAAAUUAACUACCAACAGUAUCAGAUCACCCACAAAUACAGCAUUUCUCUUUGUUUGUUGUGCCAACUAUUUCACAGCACGUGAAACAUAACAUUAGGGUGUAAACUUCUGCUUCUACAUUCAUAUUUUAUAAGCUCUCAAAGACUGUGUUUGCAUCUCUGUCCACAUCUAUAUCCUGCAAAACACUGGGAAGUGCAUGGCAAGUGGUACAAGUAUUAUAUAUGUAUGUCACUACCCAGUUCUGUUUGUGAAUGUGUGUUUACAUUCAUACAUAUCCUAAUAUCUCUGAUUUUAAUAUUUUGUAGAUGAGACUACCAUAUUCUCACAGUUAGAUCCAAAGACUUUUCCAGUUGUCAUUGUGGACGAUAGCUCACAUAGUCAAUUAAGUGUGCUUCUGCCUAGAUUUGAAUAUUGUUGGCAGCAUUAAAGAAUAUCCUUUAAGAGAUUUAUGUUUCUGGACAAUUGCAAAAUGUCUGAAACAAGUGGAAGUCCCUUGUAAAUUGACAGUUCAGUAAUUGAGUGACUCUCAUUUUGAAGUCCUCUUAACCUGCACUUGUAUCAUGAGAUUCACAUUUGUACGUUUGUGCUGACUGUUUUGCCUUAUCUGCCCUGGUUCUUUUGUACAUGUUAUUUCAACCAAUUUGAUAGCCAACUAUUCCUGUGCUUUACAUAAUGAAGUAGCAUUUCCCCACUCAGCAAAAUUUUCACACUAAAGGAAGAGAGGAGGAGGAGGAGGAAGAAGAAGAAGAAGAAGAAGAAGAAGAAAUGGAUUUUCUUGUCUCAGAUGUCUUUUGUGGCCAAGCUUUACACAGUCACUGCAUAGGUAUUGUUCCCAUCACUGGAUGUGAGCUCUCUGUCCCAACUGAAAUAGUUCUCAAGUUUAACUUGCCUUCUAAAAGUCUGCUGCUGAACUGAAAUCGAGUAGCUCAAUUACUGCUCUGAUCAUUCUUCAAAGAAGACACAUUGCAUAGCAAAGAAAUCUGUCAUCACGGCACGGACGCCCAUACACGGGCAAGUGGGAUCCCCGCGUUCCUCCCCGCCUCUCAGAGAAAGGAAAAAAUAUAGUGAAGUGAGGUCUUUUUCUUUCAGGAAAUUGAUUUCAAAGUCAGUAUUACAUAGUUUUUUAACAGCCUUGGAACUGGAUCUUUUUUGUGGAUACUUAUAAGUCACCAUUUGUGUUCCAAAGUAUAGAAAAUACUCCAUACCACCAGGUCUUGGAUCCCCCUAUGAACUCUCCUAAGAACACCCUUGCAUCAUGGGAUUGUGCUGGGUUUCCCGUUAGGCAUAUCUAUAGGUGAGUCACACCCACUAAUUAAUGCCUUACACUGCCUUUCUUACUCUGAUAGCCAACUCCCAGUUUUUCUCAUUCUUUCAACUUCCCUUUAUUUUCUCGCAGUAAUCUGUGCUUCACCUUUCAUGUUGCCAUUCAUUGCCUUCAGUGACAUUCACGUUACCCUUAACCAUUUCUCGUCUACUGUUUGUCUUUAGAUACGAUAACCAUUCAAGCCGGUAGUUCCUGUGUUCGCACUUAGACUACUGGCAGUAGUUUUACAUGGCUGGAGGUAUGGGAAUUUGGAAUUUUAUUUUAACUUACUCCAGUGCAGGAAAUAUUAGAUGAAAAUUAGUGCAGUUUUUGAGAAUUGUUAAUAACAGGAAUCUGUGACAUUUGAAAUGUGCAUAUUCAUUUUGAAUGACCUUUUAGUCUGUUAUUCCUUGAAGCAAUCUUUGAAACAAAUUUCUAUGCCACAAUCUUAUUCCAUGAGUUUCUAGCAGAUCCACUAGGAGAGAGUGCCUGAAAUUUUAAUGGACACCCUCUACUUUGUCAGUGGAAUGGCCAAUAAACAAUAAAUGUAUUUUGCCUUGAAAUAUUUAGUAGCAUUCAAAAUAUUUUCACCUCUCACCUGUCUUUUUGUUUCUGUGCCGACACUUUACCUUUCUUCCCAUUUGCUCAGUUUCUGACAAAGUACUUAAUAAUGUGUCACCUCAGAUUUCCUUAUAGCUCACACUCCUGUGGCUAACAGGUGGCAGUGCAAUAGAGUUUUAUCUGUGAGAUUCCAACCACACAUACAUGGUUGGUACGCGACUGUAUACACGAGAGGUUGAGUAUCCUCUGCUCGCAUCACUCUCUGUGCAUCCAUUGUUGAGCUUGGUACAUAGGAUAGAGAGCACUUCCUUCUCCCCUCUGACUCGAUCCCUACCUCAGCCUACUCUUCCGAGAAUUCGUUGACUCACAUGGUUCCUAGGUUUGCUCAUCAUCCCCACUGUCUCCCAGACUCAUCUGGUGCUCAUUUCGGUCAUUUAUAUCCAGGUGGCCACAAAUCUUCCACCUUUGCAAUCUGAUAUCUCUAGGUACCAUCCUUAUUCUCUUGUGUUGUUCUUCCUUUUGGAUUGCAUCCCACCCUUCACCACCAUGUUAAAUAAAAGUAACUGAUUAUUUUAUCCUUUUCCUUUUUGUAUCCAUUCUUGUUUGAUAGUAUUGGCAUUGUCCAGCAUCUCAGCAUACAAAAAAUAACAUAUACAUGUGCACGCAGAAGGUAUCAGUUCUCUAAAUGUUUUGCAGUUGCUUGUGCUAGGUGGUAGUGCAGUAUUUUUCCUAUUUUAUUACCCGUAGAAUUAUAUAUGUGAGCCUGGAUUCACGUAUAUUACCUCUGGUGUAAUUUCAACUGCUGUUUCCUUUCCACUCCUGAUGAGUUACGUUUGUUUCAUAUAAACCAUAUUUACUGUAGUAUUUGACUCUACUAUUUAAGUCAAAUAAUUUUUUUGAGCAACCUCUCAUAGAGUUCUACUUCAUACUAAAAUGAUAUUUACUUUAUUUUGUCACUACAUCCAGAAAGAAAAACUCCCUCCCCCCUUCUUCCCCCCUCAUUUUCAUACUGUGUGGCCAUUGUUUCUGCUGUGUUCAGUCAUCUUGAGUUCAUGCCUUCAAGCAGCUUCCCCUUUCCCUGUUUUCUGUCUUACAGCUUUUAUAAAUCACUUAGCCACCACUACAUUGUUCAUACCAAUUCAGAGGAAGUGCAGAUCACUGAAAUGCACUAUGUCUAUGUAUAAUAAUUAUUUUUUAUUAACAUCCAUAGUAUUGUUUUUCUAUCAGUGACUGUCAAAAUAGUUGUGUAAUUUGUUAAAGUAUGAGCUUAUAUUGUGAUUCAUCAUUGCUUAUGUAUAUUACACAAUUACUAUUUAUCCAUAAAUAGUAGCAAUUGUUUUGUUUCAUUGUUCUGGUGGACACUCACUCCCUUGGCUCAACUGUCUUGUCACCAUGGUUUGUCCUCCACUGUGUAUCUUACUUUAUUCCCAGUGCCCUAAUUCCUGUUCAUGUGCUGCUGAAAGAAAACUUAAUUCCUCCUGGAUGCUGUGCCUCUUGACUAUAUACAUUCAUGAAUCUUUUUUUUUUUUCUUUUUUUUUUUCUUUUUUCUUUUUUUUUCUUCAUUGCUGUGGUUGGCCUAUGAUUUUAAUACUUAUGUUGCAGGCAUUUUGUUAGUGUUGCUAGUGUUAUACUGUCUGCAGUAUAAAGCAUGCAGAAAAAUAGGGAACUGUAAACAGUAAUUUUUGUUGCCUAACCAGUAUGUUGUAAUGUCUAAUAUGAUGUGCAUACUGCAGGGCUCAUAUUGUCCCUAAGAAUACUGAACUGGGAAGAUGAAAUGCUUUAUGUAAGCUGUUGUAAACACUGUGAUAAUAAAAUUAUUAAGUCUCA